CAGAAAAGAAAGCCACCAGAGGCAUGCCUUUCCUCUUACACACACUCUCUCUUUCUGGUGUGAGCAGCCCCCCGUCCUAUCUAACUCCCAAGCUCUAUUUCUUCCCAGCUUUCUUCCCCUGCCAACCAGAGAAUUGGAAAGAAACUCCUUCCCCUUAAUUCAUUCUGAAUUCUAUUCUCUUUAAGAGGCUUUUUAGUUACUAUGGAGGAAUUCCUUCAUUUAGGCGGUUCCAGCACAAGAACACCCUUCACUUUCUCCUCGCCCGCGGGCAACUCCUUCUACGGGGUCAGGAACCAAAACCCUAAUCUUAACGCUAACACUCCCAAGCUUGAGCCAGGUUCUUCCACUCACUACUCCACAGAUGCAGAAUCGAUCAAAGCCAAAAUCAUCUCCCACCCUCAAUACCCUGCUCUCCUCAACGCUUACAUGGACUGCCAAAAGGUUGGAGCGCCUCCGGAGGUGGUUGCGCGGUUAUCAACGGUGGCACGCGAACUUGAAGCGCGGCAGCUUGCUUCGCCCAGCGGCUGCCGUCGCGGCGCGCCGGCUGAUCCCGAGCUCGAUCAGUUCAUGGAAGCAUACUGCAACAUGCUAGUGAAGUACAAGGAAGAGCUCACGAGGCCAGUGCAGGAGGCCAUGGAUUUUCUUAGGAAGGUCGAAUCACAGCUCAACUCACUUACCAAUGGCGUCACUGUUCCCUUCUUCACUUCCGCAGAUGAGAAAUGCGAAGGAGUAGUUUCGUCGGAAGAAGAUCAAGAUGGCAGCGGAGCAGAAGCAGAAGCAGAAGUCCCUGAGAUAGACCCUCGGGCUGAAGACAAGGAGCUAAAGCUUCAUCUCCUCAAGAAGUACAGCGGAUAUCUCAGCAGCCUUAGGCAAGAAUUGUCUAAGAAAAAGAAGAAAGGAAAGCUACCUAAGGAUGCUAGACAGAAGCUUCUCAACUGGUGGGAAUUACACUACAAGUGGCCAUAUCCAUCGGAAACUGAGAAAAUAGCUCUGUCGGAGUCGACGGGGCUGGAUCAGAAGCAGAUCAACAACUGGUUUAUAAAUCAGAGAAAAAGGCAUUGGAAGCCAUCUGAAGACAUGCAGUUUGUGGUAAUGGAUUCAUUUCAUCCACAGAACGCUGCUGCUCUUUAUAUGGGUGGUCAGUUCUUAGCUGAUGGAAAUUAUCGAUUCGGACCUUAAUUAACCCGUUAAGAAGAACCACGUAUUGGCCUUGGAAGCUGAAUUUCUGAAUGAAUUUCAGAGCUAAUUAUUGUCUUGAAAGCUGAUUAUGCUUUUUUACUUUCUUUUUUUUUUAGAUUUUAUUUUACUAUUUGGAGAAAGGUUGGGUGCUAUUUGUUUAAUAUGAGUCUCCACUGUGUUACUUUUUUAUUUAAGGUGAUGUAAUGCAUCUUCAUGAGCAAGUGUAUGUGGGAGAAUUAUAGUUUCUAAAGUUGAAUGUUGUGCUUAAGGUUGUAUUUAUGAUUUUA